UUAGGGAAAAGGCGCCGUGGUGGCGUGUCGCCUGCGACAGGCGGCGGCGUUGGCCCGGGCAUGACACACAUUUCGCCUUUUGCUAGUGUGCUGGGGGCUUCUCCACCAGGUGUGCCCGCGGUUCGUAACGCCUCCUCAUAUGGAGGUGUGUUUGGUGGUCCGUUGCUGUCGUCUCCGCUUCUGCCUAGACGGUUGGACUAUGCGGCCACGAUUCCUCCGGCACCUGUAUGGUCAUAUGCGGUUGCCCCGUCAUGUUCCGCUGGAGGCGCUUCUCUUUCAGGAGAUUGCAACGACUCUUGGCGUAGUCCAGCCGUUUCCCAUCCACGAGUCGUCGGCACAGCGGCCGGUUCAAUCGUGGUGCCGCCUAAGUCUCCCUACGUCGCUCCUGAUUCCACACCUCCGGUUGACGAUGUCGAUAGCUCUGCGGCAGUCGGUGGCACGCUAUCUUCGGCCGGCAACAGCAUUGUGCGUGUGUGUGUGCGGGACGGGUGUCGGAGGCGGUUGUACGCUUUUCAUGAUGCUAUGGCCGGUGUGGAUGACCAUCGUGGACCGAUCAGCGACGUUAUUGAUCGGUUGCUCCAUUGGUCCUUGUCAGCCAUCCGUGCGGAGUUUGGUGUUGGGGUAGCGGGUGAGAUUUCUUCGACGUUGCCAUCUCGGGUGUGCGGUCGAGAUUUCACGUUGCGUUAUUUGCCAGACGAUUCCGGUGCUGACUACGGUCGCGAGGGUUCACACGGUUCAGCGAGCGGAGGGUUGGGGGAGUCGCAGGAGGGAUCGCAGAACUCGUUCCCGUCGUCGUGUCGUGUAUCGCAGCGUAGUGACAGAGGGCGUGGUAAACCCCGCAGCGCGGGUCGGUACACACAGACACCUAUCCGGCCGCAGACGUGGUGGGACAAUUGGGAAGGUGUUGACCAGUGCGGUCCAAGGCCGGAAACUGACCGUGGCAGUGUUCAGGAGGCGAUGGCACUGUGGAGUGAACCGACAGCGCCGGAUGUUGUGUUUCUCGAGCCGCUCUGUAAGCUGACGCUCGUAUGCGAUAAGAAAUGCAAAUGGACGUGGCACACGACACUCGUGACCACGAACGUCUAUCACUCGCGACUGCAGCAACAACUCUUUCAUGCGGCGGUCACCACCGGUCUGACGUUCACGCUCCUCGACAACUUUUGUGUUGGUUUAGGGAUGUGCUCAGUGCACAAACCCACGUUCUACAAGUUUAUGCGCACAGAGGCGGGAGAGGCGGAGGGGUGGAAUGCCAAGGUCGUACGACAGGGCAUUAAAUAUUGCGAGCUUGCCAUUGACACUGUGAUGCGCCGUGGUGAGCCAGUGACAUUGAUGGUCGAUGGUCGAUAUGACUCUGCCAGAGGUGCGCAACAUUGCACUGUCACCACGGUGGAGUACGAGACUCGGCUUGUUGUGGGUGUGCACACUCUCCGUCCGAGCAUCGAAGGCAAGGCGUCGAAUGCGCUUGAGAUGCCAGCCGUCAUGCAACUUUUGCGAGGGCUGAUGGAGAAGGGGUUGGAGAUCCGAUGUGUUGUCUCAGAUGAUUGUGUCGCGCUGGGACCGCAGUUGCGAGCUCUGAACAUCGAGUGGCAGAAGGAUUGCCACCACAAAAUUAAAAACAUUCGCAAACACUUCCAGAGUAUGCUGCAACUGAAGGAAGCGAAGAAAGUGAGUAACCCGCACGAGUGUGUGUCGGAGGCGCACUUUAUGCAGUUCACGAAGAAGCGGCUGAUGAAGGCGUUGGAGCAGCGUUUCGGACAUGGCGUCCUCACACCUGCUGAGGAGCGGAUGAAGAAAUCGGAUUUCGUCACUGUCGUUAUGCAGAAGAUGUACCCCUACGGAUGGAGGGACGAGGGUGGAGACGCCAACAGUUUGCACCGCGAUAUCAUGUUGGUCGCCGCUCAUUGGGCUGGUGAUCAUUCGGGAUGCGUCGGUGGUAGGGAGGUUUUGUGCGAGAAGGCCGGUGGGCCUGCUCGAUUACCUUUGUAUAGCUGCACGGACACGGUGUACGAGCUCGUUCUGCGUGUUCUUGGGAAACAAUGCAGCACUAACAUCACGCCGCACUACGUCGAGUUUCGACACACAUCGGCGGUGGAGACUUUUCAGGGCACCAUCAUCAUCUAUGCGAAGAAGUCGGUGCAUUUCGAGAAGUCGUACUGUGUGCGUCUUGCGAUCGCAGUGAUUCCGUGGAACAAUCACUGCUGGCGCGACCCAGCCGGGUACAUUGCUCGCAUAGCUGCGGAGCUUCUGCGACAGGAGGUUUGUCCUUAUGGAGUCGGGUCAUUGCCGCGCGAUCUGUUCGUCACGGGUGAGGGCGACCCAGUGGAAGUCGUUGAUGAUGCUGCCUCCGGAUCUGACCAUGAGGUGGGGGGGGAGAACCGUAUUUUCAUCAUCGGUCACGUGGAGGAGGAUGUGGUGUCUGCAUGCGACGAUUUCGAGCCGACAUCGAGCUCGGAAUCUGAGGGUGAUGAUAUAGAGUUGUUCAACGUUUGAUUGGUUGAAUGAAUUUUUCGUUCACCU